AAUUUGGAAAUUGCGUUGCGUAAACAACCAAACCCAAACCCAAACCCAAACCUGGAUCAAAAUCCAAAAGCUUUUUAAUUUGCAGUUUAAUUUUAAUGGCGAACGAAAAUGAACCAGCCAAGCUCCUGCUUCCUUACCUUCAACGAGCCGAUGAGUUACAAAAACACGAGCCACUUGUCGCCUACUACUGUCGAUUGUAUGCGAUGGAACGCGGUUUGAAGAUUCCGGCGAGUGAGCGUACAAAAACCACCAGUGCGCUGCUUGUAUCGCUCAUGAAACAGCUUGAAAAGGAUAAGAAGUCACUGCAGUUGGGCACUGAUGACCAUCUUCAUCUGGAAGGAUUUGCAUCAAAUGUCUUUGCAAAAGCUGAUAAGCAAGACCGUGCUGGGAGAGCUGAUCUGAAUACAGCAAAGACAUUCUAUGCUGCCAGCAUUUUCUUUGAAAUCCUUAACCAGUUUGGUGAUGUUCAGCCUGACCUUGAGCAGAAACAGAAGUAUGCUGCAUGGAAAGCAGCUGACAUAAGGAAAGCUAUAAAAGAAGGCAGAAAACCUGUACCAGGCCCCCCUGGCAGUGAUAAAGAUCUGGAAGAUACAUCAAGUGGUGGAUAUGACCUGGAACGGAGCAAGAGUGAACCAACCAUCAAGCAUGCACCAGAAUCCCAGCCUUCAUUUCGGUCGUAUGAUAGAAAUGAUUCCCAGCGGUUCCCAGAUAGUUUUCCAUCACCGCCACGGGAUACUCCACCUCCACCAUCUUCAAACGUCCCUCCACCAUCUUCAAGCUUCCAGCAACCACCUUCAAGUUUUCCGCCACCAUCUUCAACCACUCCACCACAACCACCACCAACCUAUUCUUCUGAUGAUUACCCAUCCAAUAACUAUCAGCAACAUCCAUCUGAUAACCCGACUUAUUCUCAGACAUAUCACCAUCCAUCAUCUUAUCCACAAGAACCUCAACAUCACAUUCCUCAAAAUUACCCUUCUCAUGAUCCCUCAUACAAUUAUCCCAAUUUCCAAACUUACCCUAGUUUCUCAGAAACAACCAUUCCAGCAGCUCCAGCUCACUACCCCACAUCUUAUUAUCAAGGCUCUGACCAACAACCCUUCUCCCCUUCCGCUAGUAGACCGACGGACUAUCCAUCUACAGGUCAGUACAAACCAAGUACAGGAAACGGGACUACUCCAGUUCCAGCAUCUGCGUCUGCACCUGCAUCAACUGCUGCACAAUCAUAUCAAUAUGACAGUAAUUACCAGCCUGCCCCUGAGAAAAUUGCCGAGGCACAUAAGGCAGCAAGGUUUGCUGUCGGAGCAUUGGCGUUUGAUGAUGUUUUUGUUGCUGUUGACUACCUCAAAAAAUCUCUUGAACUGCUCACUAAUCCAUCUGCAAGUGUGUAAAUUGCUGGUGCAUCUAUGGAAACUUGCAUAUCGGCCUUUUGUUUAUACGAUCUGAUGGUCUGAUGUUUUUUGCAAAGAUUGUUGGAAUUUUUUUUAUAAUGUUCUUGUAAACUAACGCGAUUAAGUGAAGUUAUAUCCCAUGCUUGUGAAAUAGUUGAUUGAUGAGGCAAUGAAAAGGGAAGUGUGAGCUUAAGUUACUGA